AUGAAGCUCUCAAACCUCACCCUCUUCGUCGCCGUUGCCAUGGCCGGCACCGCCGUGGCUAUGCCCGCCCACCUCGACGCUCGAGGGGGAAAGCAAGACCACCCGAAGGAUGUGGCUCACCCCAAGCACCCAGACCACCCCAAGCACCCCGCAAAGGGCGACCACCCCAAGCACCCCAAGCACCCGGCAAAGGGUGAUCACCCCAAGCCAGCUCCGAAGCACCCCAAGUCGAAGCACCCAAAGAAGCAGCCGUCGAAGGACCCUCAUCCCACCAAGGGCAAGGGCGAGCCUCACCCUCAUCCCAAGCCGCACCCUCACCCUCACCCUCACCCUCACCCUAGUCCCGUCACUCCCACUCCUCCCGGGCCCACCGACCCCGUCCCGACGCCGCCGGUCAAGAAGGACCCACCCACGGCGGGUACCCUGUCCUACAUCGAGGCGGACGGUGAUAAAGUCGCGCAACUCCUCGACGACGAUGACGAGAGCAUCAAUGGAGACCCAAACUUUGACUACUCCAACGUCCACACUGUAGACGAAGCUCAGGCGUGGUCGCUCAAUGACAAGAAGGAGCUCAUGUCUUCCCGUGGACGCAUUCUAGCCACAAGCGGCGGUUUCAUCGGGACUUUCGGCGCUGCGAAUCCUGACCUGCAAGACCCCUCCGUCGCAACUUUCAAGUGCGCGACGAAUCAGGCCUCGGAUGAGACUACCGCCAUUCUCGACUGUGUGGCCGCGACGGAUGUCAACAGUGUCGACACCUUCUUCAUUUGCAAUAACGGAGGACUUGAAGGUGACAGCGAGGUGUGCGAGAAUAGGUUCGGUGGUACGCAGACGACUUUCACUCAGUUCACGCUCACCAAGGCCUGA